GCGUCACAAUCGAGCGUAACAUUGACGGUUGACUUUACUUGCGAACCGUGAAGCCGCUAGCAGGUUUCUGAAACCUGCCUCCGGGAGCCCACUGGGAGGUGCUGUCAUGGAGGAGCUCGACCCGGCGGCCGUCCGAGGCUCCGGGACGUGGAGUCCCCCGGCCUGGACCUCGGCAGCCACGGAUGAGGACCUGGCUUUGGCGCUGCGGCUUCAGGAGGAGUGGGACUUGCAGGUCUCGGAGCGUGAUCCGGCCCAGGAGCCCCUGUCUCUGGUGGACGCGGCCUGGGAGCUGCUGGACCCCACCCCCGAUUUGCAGGCCCUGUUUGUGCAGUUCAACGACCGUUUCUUCUGGGGCCUUCUGGGGGCGGUCGAGGUGAAGUGGAGCACGCGAAUGACGCUGAGCGCUGGGAUAUGCACUUACGAAGGCAGGGGCGGAAUGUGUUCCAUCCGACUCAGUGAACCCCUCUUAAAGUUGAGACCAAGAAAGGAUCUUGUGGAGACCCUCUUGCAUGAAAUGAUACAUGCCUAUUUAUUUGUCACGAAUAACGAUAAAGAUCGGGACGGGCAUGGUCCGGAGUUUUGUAAACAUAUGCAUCGCAUCAAUCGCCUGACGGGAGCCAAUAUAACGGAGCACCAUACUUUUUACGAGGAGGUGAAUGAGUACCGGCAGCACUGGUGGCGCUGCAAUGGGCCGUGUCAGCACAAGCAGCCAUAUUACGGCUACGUGUUACGCGCUACCAACAGGGCACCCUCUGCUCGUGAUUACUGGUGGGCUGAGCACCAGAAAACCUGUGGAGGCACCUACAUAAAAAUCAAGGAACCAGAGGGCUACUCAAAAAAACGCGAAGGAAAAACAAAACUAGGAAAGCAGCCAGUAUCAGAAGCAGAGAAUAAAGGUAAACCGAACAGAGGGGAGACACAGUUAAUCCCUUUCAGUGGGAAAGAGUAUGUUCUAGGGGGAGCCAGCAAUUUGCCUUCAUCUGGGAAAUGUAUCACCUCACAUGCUGUUAAAACCCAGGAUCUUUUAAAUCAGGACCAUUCAGCAAAUGCCUUAAGACCCAAUUCAAAACGUGAGGUGACAUCUGUUCACAAUGGCUCAAGUGGGAAAAGUUCCCUAGUCUCUGCUGCUCUCAGUUCCAGUCACCAAGGUGUUUUAAGCAGCUACUUCUCGGGAGUGUUGGUCUCCAAGCACAAGGCUUUCGGAAGUGUGAGUGGGUUUCCGACGAAAAGCCCCACGGUUGGUGACAUCACUAAAAGCUCGGUCUCUUCUAGUUCUCAAAGGAGGGUGACGUCUUCUAAGGUAUCCCUAAGAAAUCCUUUAAAAGUGGAAUCGAUAUCUGUGACUGCACCCCAGGAUGCAGGUGGGCCUGAAGAUGAAUUACCAAGUAAACGACGCAGGCUCGAAGACAGGACUGUUUUUGACAAUUUUUUUAUCGCGAAAGAGCAAACACGGAGUGGUGGUAACGAUCCAAAGUGUGGCUCACGUCCUACAGCUGCAACGCAGAAUGCCAGCAGUUCAUCUAGUCAGAGCAAAGUGCUUCACUGUCCUGUUUGUCAGAGUGAAGUUUUGGAGUCUCAGAUUAACGAGCACUUGGACUGGUGCCUUGAAAGUGAUAGCCUCCAAGUCAGAAAGGCCUAAGUGGGAAAACUUCCCUAGUCUCUGCUGCUUGGACACCUACAUGUAUAAUUUUUAGAUACUUUUGUCCUUUCUUUUAAAAGUAUUUAAAUGUUAAUCUUUUUAUUUGCAUAUUUUCCUUAAAAUAGUCAGUGAGGAAUCCUGUCAGGUGUUUGGUUAAAUUGAAUAUUCCUUUAUUAAUAUUAAAACUCAUUCCCAGAACUGGUAAUAUUCAUAGUAUCAGACAUAUUGACCAAAAAUACAACCUAGUUGUUUUCCCGUACUCAAGGUUUUUGGUUUUUCUUUUUUUUUUUUUUUUCUUCAAAAUUUUAAUAGGAAAUACAUUUCCUAUAUUACAAAGAUUUUUAUUUCUCUGUUUCACUAAAAGGUGGAAGCAGGUUUUAGGUUAAGGUAGAUAAGCAGAGUAAAAUAAAUUUCUUUUGGAAUAUUGCUAGUAACAAAUAGCCACUGUAAUUCUGUAGGCCAGAAUUGAGCUGUUUUCUCAGAAUUUUAACAAAAUAACUGGUUAAAACUCAGUACUAGGUAACUGGCAUAUAUAACAUAACCAAGUUGCCUAGUUUAUGUACAAGUGGACCAUCAUCUGGAAACAGUAUCAUGAACCUUAAGCCAAAGUUGAAACCAUUUGGGAAUGCCAUUUGUGGACAUAAAAAAGUAUGUUUCUUUUAAAAAACAUUCUUCUCCACGUCCCAGCAAAGGGACAGAGAUAGUUUGAUCAAUUUACUUUGUCUCAUGGCUCUACCGCCAGUGUGUUGGCAUAUUUUCAGGGCCUUAGUUCACAGGUUUUCUUUUUCUUAACUUUGUUGCAACAUGACUUUACAUACAUAAGGUGCAGCUGGGUUCCCCGCUGAGUGACCACUACCCAACUGCAGUUAGAGAACAUUUCAGUUGCCAUGAAGUGUCCUUAUGGGCACCUCUUCCCAGUCAACAGCCACCACCCCAGGGUAACCACUGUUUUCGUCUGUCACCACAGGUUAGUUUAGCUUGCUUUUAAACUUCAUGAAGUAGUACCUUUGUUGCUAUGGGUAGCAGAAGCUCAGUCUUUUCAUUGCUCUGUAGUAUUUGUAUGAAUAUGCCCGAGUUUUUUAUUCUGAUAUUAAUGGACAUUGGAAUUAUCUCAUUUGGGGCUGGCCAUUCUGAAUAAUGCUAAGAACAUUCUUACUCAUUUCUGCUGAGCAUAUCCCCAGUCUGGAAUGCAGGGUCACCAGGUGCAUUUAUGUUUAGCGUUAGUAAAUGCUGCCAGUUUACAGUCCUGCCAGCAGCGUCUGAGAGCUUCUUGUUCAGCAGUCUUAGCGCUGUUGUCAGUCCUUUUCAUUUUAGCCUGUCCGGUUGAGUGUUCACGAGUUUUUAUAUUUCUUAAGCAUCAAGUUAAACAAUAGUAUUUAAUAAAUAUUUAUAG